GCGCCCGGAUAAGCGUAAGAAUCGUUUGAGUGUGUAUUUCUAGCUAUUGUUUUUCUGAGAUGUAUUUAAAAUUGGACAUCUAAUUUAAUUAAGCUAGACUAAAAGAUUUGAAUCUCUAGUAGGGCAGUCGUGCUUGCAAUCAUGAAUAAAGAGAAGAUCGGAGCCGUCUCUGGAGAAGGCAGUAGUGUUCUACAGUGUACUAACCCUAAUGCGUACUGCUCCAGCAGAUGUAGCAAAAGAAACCAAAUGAUUGCAUAAAUCUUAUUAGAAACCUGGAUGUACAGCAAGGGAAUGUUACUGAAACGUGGAGCAGGAAGGCAUUCAUGCACUGUAGAUUGUUGAACAUAAAGUGACAGAAAGUCACUGCAUGGCUAUCUAAGAUGUCGACGUCUUGCUUAGGAUCUUUGGCUUGUGAAAUUCUAGGCAGAACAGUAUAGUAACUCCAACAGACACUACAGAUCGAUCUACUGCAAGUCUGUAGUAGGUCGAGUGUUUGAACUCUUGCAGUUGUAUUGCAACAGAAAGACGGACAAAGUGCUAAAAUGGAUGAGUCAUGCUGCUACACAACAACAGCAACAACAACAACAACAGUUGCAACAGCAAAGUCAACAGCAGCAACUAGAUCAGUCAAUAAUGCAAAAAUUACAGUAACAAUAACUGAUGAUUUAGAUUCUAAUCUUCAUUCACACUGCUGCACAGCAGUUAUUUUAUUGCCUUGCCUAAAUCAUCAGUUAUUGUUACUGUAAUUUUGCAUUGUUGGCUUUUUACUCAACAGCUAGUGUUUUUAAAGCAAGACUCUCCACAGCAACACCAAUAAUGCGACGUCAUUUUACAUCACUUCAUCAGAUAUUAUAUUACAUGUAAGUUUAGUUGCUAGGAACAGCAAGCGGAUGGAUGCACAGAUGCUUUAGUAGUCUCUGCUUCAUUAGUUUGCUUUAAUUGAUGCACUGCAUGUAUGUUUGCAAUUCAAUUGUUUAAUAAAUCUUUCCACAAUCUAAACAAUUGAAAGCCAAGACCGACAGCAAAGUGGAGGAAGAUUUGCAGUUGUGGUCAAACGCUAGACUGCAUACAUUUUUGUCGUUUUCAAAGCUAUGACUCUACAGUCCUGCUUACUAGAUUUGGUCAAAUCUAUAGUCCACGCGAGAGCAGUCUAUGCGUGUAGUCUAAUACAAGCGAAUCUGUAGAACAGCAAUUGAAUAGAAAGCACUUUAGUGUCCAUGCACAAAGGCAUCUAGGCAUACAUAGAGUGUAGUUCUACAUGUUCGGGGAAAUACUUUGAUGGAAAUGACAAGUUUUUAGACUAGAAUCUGCUAGUAAGAAGGAAAUACAAGGACACAUGUAAUCUAUACACAACACAAGCCACAAGAGCAUUUUGCUGUUGAAACUAGGAACACAACAUAUGUAAUCGUUGCAACUAACAAGCCAUUGUAAUUACAAUGUCUGCCCUACGGCUACACUAGGGCUGCACCGUCACUUUUGAUCUACCAUUGCUUACUAAAAGGUAAAUGAUACAGAAUCCAAUAGACUACCAUAUGGUGCAGUUUGCAUUCUAAUGUAAUUCUCUUGUGUCAAUCAUCCUUGUACCGUCACUCCCCCGCAACUUACCAAUCAGUCAGUCUUCCGUUGGUGAUGGCGUACGCGUGCAGACCGACUCUCUGUCUCACUUUUCUCCUCCUUUUAUCUUUUCGUGUUUUUGGCAUGAACGGCAUAUUAUGCGGGCCGUGCAACAAGGUCAUGUGUCCUCAGCAACAAUGUAGCGGUUUACUGUCAGAUGACCGCGUCGCCGAUGCCUGCAAUUGUUGCAAGUUGUGUCCAAUCAACGAAGGCGAGCAGUGCGGGGAUUAUCGCAGCAUGCGCGUGCACUGUCAUCCUCAUCUCGAGUGUGUGCCUCACAGCUACAACUCGACAAUUGGUGUGUGUCGACGUCGCGUGACUGCGCAGUUUGACGCGUGUCUUGCUCAGCCGUGUCGCAGCGGUCAGCAAUGUGUGAGCCAAGGCAGCAAGGUUAUUUGUAAAGAUCUUGCCUGCUCGCCGCAACGUAUCUACAAAGGAUGUGACGUUGACUCACUCUCCGGUUCGUGCAAGUGUAGAGAAAGGCAGGACUGUGUCAGUCCAUUUAAGUAUGCAACGGAAAGAGAUUGCAUCAACCGAACAAAAACUGCUGCCUGUAGUAACAUUAAAUGUAUGAACUUUUCAUCUUCUUGUCCAUCUGACUCAUUUAAAAAUCAACACUCAACAGGCUUGGAGCAAAGUAACUGUUGUGAAAAGCGAAGGACAUGUUACUGUUCUCAGACUUGCAAAAAGCCACCACUUCAUUGUGGGUAUGCUGGGAUAAAACGAGUGCGCAUGAGAAGAGGCAAUGGAAUUUCACCUAGUUUGUGUUGUGAUGUUUAUGAUUGUGUAAGAGACACACGACCUAGUUGCCCGCGACACCUUCCUUGUCCUUCAGCUAUCACAUGUCCUCCUGAUUCAGAAAGAGUUACAGAAACACGAAGUUCUAAGAGUUGCUGUCCUGAUCCGGGAUAUUGUGUAUGUAAACCAUGUGAAGUGAAAUGCCCUGAGAAGUUUUUUCCACGAUUGAUUUUAAAAGGGAGUGGAACACCAGGAGGAUGCUGUCCGACUUAUGAAUGUCAGAAGGAUGAAUUGCACUGUGUCCAUAGUGAUGGUACAUGGCAUCAUGGAUCAACGUCAUGGCGGCCAACUCUGUGUAGACACUGCACAUGUAUGCAAGGCCUUGAGACAUGCUCAGAUAUUCGUUGCAAAAGACAACAAAGUUGUGUGAAUUCUUAUAUACCUGAUGGCCAAUGUUGUCCUGUUUGCUUGAAUGGAACUUUGAAUUCGAAGUCAUCAGGUCUUGAUUGCAAGACUGAUGGAGGUCAGACAUUCAGGAGUGGAACAACCUGGUCAGUGAGUGACUGCACAUACUGCAGUUGUAAUAAUGGUGUCACAACAUGUCGGAUGUCUCAAUGUGAUUAUGUACCAUGUGCCAACCAAGAGAAAGUGCCGGGUGAAUGUUGCCCUGCUUGUGUUGUGCAUCCUGGUCGACGCAGUUGUACAGAUGAUCCUUUGCUUGGGCAAGUCACACGAAGGCACAAUGAACAUUGGUAUUGGAAUGACACUUGUAUUGAGUGUGUAUGCAAGGACGCCAAAGUAUUUUGCUCAGCACAUGAAGUACAUGUCUGUCCUCUCAUCAGGUGUCCUAAUCCCUUUAGACUGGAGGAUUCUUGCUGUUAUCAGUGUCCUGAGGUAGAGACACUUUUGGAAGACAAAUGUACUUACAAUGGCAAGACAUACAACAUUGGUGACAAAUGGCAGGGAAAGAGUAAAUGCAGGCAUUGUGAGUGCUUGGAGAAUGGUCGAAAAGACUGUAGUCCUAAAUGUCCUGUUCUGAAUUGCACUGAUGGCAACCCUCAAGUUGUUAAAGGGGAGUGCUGUCUAGUAUGUCCAGAGGAAAUUGCACGUCGAGGUUUGAAAGCAUGCAGCCAAGCUGAUUGUCCAUUGACAUUACCUGUAUGCUUAGAAGAUGAAUAUCCAAGUCCAAAGGCUGGUGAGUGUUGUCUUGUCUGCAAGAAAAGGAAAGACUCCUGCAAAAAAAAGACUUGCCCUCCAGGUCACUCGUGUAUGCUGAUUAAUAAUGAGGAUCAUUGUGUAUUGGAUGUAGUUCCGUCUACAGUAUCGUCUAUUGCAACUACAUCGACAUUUCACAUAACAGAAAGGGUGUUGUCUCAGUACUAUGUCUACCUUGUGAUUGAGAUGCCGUAUUCUGAGUUUAGUACACCAUUUGAAUCCUAUUUCGCUACCGACUUUUCUUUAUUUUUAUCCCCUGGUUUUCAUAAUGUUCGUGUCAUUGUACUACAACAUGAAGAGUUUUUGUAUGGACGGUUGGACAAAGUGAGACAUCAGGCAAUAGAUAGAUUUUCUCGGGAAAUAAACAGCAUGACUUUGGUCCAAAUUUUGGUUGAGGAUGAAGAGGGACAUUACAUUGCUGCUACACAAGUCAUUGCAGUGAUUGAGAGGAAUUCAAACAAAUUCAGUGAGAACAAGCAGGAGUUUAUGGUGAUUCGUUGGUUUACAGAGCAGCAGUUAUUGGAGGAAGAUGUGUACAGUGUUAUGUUUACAGAAGCUUCAGUCCCUAUCACUCAACUCAGGCAACACUUUAUUUGGACGGAGCAUAAACCAGCUGAGAAAAACAAGAAUGAUUUUGGUGUGAUUGCUGUCUAUGUAGUGGCUGCAGUUAUUGGUUCUAUUUGCAUUGCAUUUCUGACGGUAUUCUUUUUGGUUGGAAUUCACUCGAAACUGAAGAACAGAAAGGGCAUGAAACAACACAACAACACAACAAAACAAACUCACCAGCAUACAGAGGAAGCAGGUGUAGCAUAUUUUGAAAGCCAAGAUGUUCUUGCUAAAAGGUUGGCAAGCAUGUCAAGAACUAGAGACAGUCUGACACAUACUCAGGCGUCUAAAACACUUUCUGUUACUGCCGAAGAGACGACUCUCCCUUCUGUGAUGGACAGUGUAAUGGACUGCAACCCGACAGUUUCGUCAGCCGCAGAUGCAGAUGGGGAAAACGAAUUUGUGUGUGGACAACCAGAUAACAUCUCAAGGUCUCAUUCAAUUGCAAGUGAGGACAGUGUAUUGGAAAAAAUUUCCUCAGAUAAGAGCCGAUCUCCUUCUCCUCCACAUGUUCUGACUCUUACAGAGAGAGAAACAGUUGGAGAGGCUUCAGAGAGUCACUCUACAUGUUCCAGCAAGAGUAAUGUAUCUACCACAGCUGCACAUUCAUCAGUAAGCGAAAAAGUCCAUACAUUUGUUUGAAGAUCAUGUAAACGGUGGAGAGAUUGAUAACUGCAUAUUGUCAAAAGAGAAAAGAAGAUAUCACUGUAUUUGAUUAGACAGGAUGCAACAUAACAUAUUUUAGCUGCGUGAAUUUAUGACUAUUGACAAGAGUUGCAUGUAAUGCACUGCACCAGUCAUAUAGGCUCAGAAUAUGGCCAGGAUUUUAAUUAACUGUUUAUUCCCACUGGUUGGAAGAGAAGACGUUCAGAAAGACACA